AUGACGAGGCUGCUGCUCCUCCUGCCGCCGCUGCUGCUGCUCACCUGGGCACCUGCCCGGCCCGCCAAGCCCACCUGGGGCUCGGAGGAGACCCGGGACCAGGCGCUGAAGCAGCUGCUGGAGGUCUUCGGCAUCGAGGAGCCCCCGCAGCCCCCCCUCUACUUCAAGGAGCCCCCCCAGUACAUGGUGGACCUCUACAACACUGUGGCCGACGCCGACGGGGUCACCAAAGACCCCCCCCGGCUGGAAGGCAACACCGUGCGCAGCUUCCUGGAGCGGACCCACAGCGACCAGACGCAGCUGCUCUUCCUGCUCUCCAGCGUGGCCAAGAACGAGGAGGUCCUCUCCGCCGAGCUGCACCUCUUCAAGCUGCGGGCCGGGGGGGCCGAGGGGGCCCUCCUGCAGAGGCAGCACUACUGCCAGGUGAGCGUCUACCAGGUGCUGGGCAAGGACCACCCGGAGGCCCCCCGGGGGAAGAAGCUGCUGUCCGCCCGGCUGCUGGCCCUGCAGGGCUUCGGCUGGGAGGUCUUCUCCAUCACCCAGGCGGUCCGCGACUGGGUGGCCGAAGAGGGCAGCAACCAGGGCCUGCUGGUGACGGUGCAGGGCCUGGCCGGGGCCCCCCUGGACCCCCACGCCGUGCAGUUCGCCUCGGGCCGGGACCACCACGCCAGCAAGAAGCCCAUGCUGGUCUUGUUCACCGACGACGGGCGGCGGGCGGCCGCCUUGCCCAGCGGCUUCCCCGCUUUGCCGCCUCCCCCCGAGCCCCCCUCCAACCGGACCCGGGGUGCCCGCUCGGCCGAGAGCUCCCUGCCCUGCCAGCGCUACCCGCUGCCGGUGGACUUCGACGAGAUCGGCUGGACCGGCUGGGUCAUCUCCCCGCGGGGCUACAACGCCUUCCACUGCAAGGGCACCUGCCGCUUCCCGCUGGGCCAGAGCAUGCGGCCCACCAACCACGCCACUGUCCAGUCCAUCAUCCACGCCCUGAAGCUCAGCCCGGAGGUGCAGACGCCCUGCUGCGUCCCGGACAAGCUCUACUCCAUCAACCUGCUCUACUUUGACGACGACGAGACGGUGGUCCUCAAGCAGUACGACGGCAUGGUGGCCGGCAGCUGCGGCUGCCACUGA